GUAUCCGCCCCUCCACCAAUGGCUCAGUACGCUCCGCCUCCCCAAAGACGUCACGCCCAGGUUCCGCCUCCCUGGGACGCCCAAGCUCCGCCUCCAUGGCGGCACGCCCAAGCUCCGCAUCUGUCACAGGGAAACCGCCCAAGAAACCCUGCCCUUGCCGGCCGCUCACGGCUGUACUAGGUGAGGGAGCGGCAGAGCGCCAAGCCCCCAGCAAGCCCCUGACUCCGGUGAAGAAGCCCAAGGACCUUCUGUCUCCCAUGUUGAGGAUUGUGGAUAGCAAAUCUGGUCGACGGAGAGUCACUUCUGCCCCUGUGGUCAGGUCCAUGGACCAGCCAGAAGCUAGAACCACCUUCUACCGCCAAGACUCCCAGGACUCGAGCAAGUCAUGUGACCGGAAGUCGUCCGUGGCCGGCGUGCCUGGUGACGCAGUGGGUCCGGAGACGAUGGAGUUCGCUGAGAUCCGAGACUGUGACUUCCUGGGCAGCGAGAGGAUGGAGUUUUUGUUACAGGCGCUUCAUCAUGAACCGUCCUCGGGGAAGACUUUCCGGAAGUAUAUAGAGAAGAGUGAACGACCGCAGGACGUGAAGACUUACUGCAAGGUGGAGAGAGCAGACGUGACCCGUCGACUGGAGACCAAGAACACAUACAUACUGAACCUACAGAAACAAGGGAUUAUCAAGGAAAAAAUGAACCACAACCACACGGACGACGCGAACCUGGUACAGAAGAUCAACGCCAUCGUGCACUGUUUCAUCGACUCCACCAUCCCGCCCUCCCUGCAGAUAGACAUCCCCCAGGAGAUGGCCGACCGGAUCCUGGACCACAAACACGAGAAGGGACCGUAUCUCUUCCGGGAGGCACAGCUGGCCACGUUCCGCAUCCUGCUGACCCACUGGCAGCCGUUCUGUGAGUUCCGUAACAACAUGAACACAGACGAGAGGGCGCUCACCACGCUGGAGAGGCACAGGGUCAUAGCCAGGCAGAAGGAGGCAGCUCACAGAGAGGAGCUGGAGAAACAGAGAGAGAGGGAGGAGGCGGAUACUCUGUUGCCGCGGGCCGGUAAGAAGGUCUCCGUAGGUGUGGCCUUCAAGGAGCGGAUGUUACGUCUGGAGCUGGGACUGGGAGAGCAGGACCAACUGCCGGAGGACCUGUUCGAGGAAGAGGACAAGGGAGACAAGAUCUCCUUCUCCUACUCCGACUACCUGAGCGAGCUGAGGGAGCAGGUGACAGUUGAGCCGGGCCUUCUGGAGUCUAGUUCCUUCUACAACCUCAUGCUCACCUCUUACGAUGACAAUGCCUCCCAGACUGUGCGUGGCCACUGGUCAUCUCUCUCUCCGGCCACUGAUCAAGACAGUUUGUAGAGGAGUUGUAGCGGGUGGUUGGCGGGUGCUCUUGUGUAGCUUGCUCCCUUCUUUCCUACCAAACUUCCAUCUUCCUUACCUCUCCUUCUUUUCUGUGUAUGUUACUCUCCAGUAACGCCUCUCUUAUCCCCGGCACUUCAAUUAUCUUAUUGUGAUGGUUUACUAUACAUCUAGAUGGGCAGGCGCUACGGAUGUUUGUGUCUGUGAGAUGUGGUCAAAGUUUGGGGGCUGGCAUUAGAACGGUCGACAAGCAGCGCUGUAACACGUAGCAACAGGCCCACUGUGACCCACUCUACUAGGUAAAGUCAGUUCUAAAUAAAAUGGGGGAUCCAAGUUUACUUUUAUCGUUAUUUUUUGUUGGUCACUGUUUGUGUAAUAUGUACGUUCGUCGUAUGUAUUUCCUUGUGUGAUAAAAUGUUCUCAAACCUGACUCUGGGACUGUGUCCGUACUGUUGGCUGGGCCUGUGGUGGGUGGCAGGUGACCUCAUGGGUCAUGUCACAUCAUGGUGGGCCUAUAUUGACCAGUCACAACGUCACAGGUGACCAUUUGUUGGGCCUACAUUGACCAGUGACAUCAUGGUGGCCUAUAUUGACCAGUCACGUCACAGGUGACCAUUAGUUGGGCCUACAGUGACAAGUCACAACAUGGUUGGCCGACAUUGACCAGUGACGUCACAGAUGACCAUUUGUGGGGCCUACAUUGACAAGUCACAACAUCACACAUGUUAUUCCAUGUCACAUAUUUUCCAGCUUUACCAAGCAAUAAUGUGAUACUCUAUCUUUACCAAAGGUCAUUAUAAUUAUAGUUAUAUUGUAUCGAUAAUAUUUUCUUCUAUUGAAGGUCAUAUUUUUCUAGGGAUGUCUCUUUCACAGUCCGUCCACUCAAGUUUUUCUCUACCACGUAUACUGAACUGUUGAUAAGAUUUCCUGUGUCAAAUGUAAUCAUAAUAUUAUCACUGGGGCGAGUAAAUGCCUCGGAUCACAUAUAAUUUAUAGAUUUUUUAUUCAGAACACAAUGUACUGUUUAUGUGUUGUUAUUGUGUUUGUAAACCGCUCAAAGCCUGUGCUCUUUAAUCGUGAUUGGGCGCUAUAUAAAUGUCAUAUAUGAUUAUUAUUGUCAUCAUCAUUAUUAUUAUUAUCAUCAUUAUUAUUAUCUUUAUUUUUAUUAUUAUUCUCAUUUUUAUCAUGAGCUAAUUGAUUGUAAUACCUCAUUUGUUUAUGUAGUUUUCUUUCUGAAAUAUUUUGUCUUUUAGUUAUUGUCAUUUUUUCGGAAUGUUUUACCUAUUAUUCGUAUACAUUUUUUAUGAGACUAUUCUGUUUCAAAGGUCAUUUCCUGUUCCUCACAAUAAAUUUUCUUCACCAAAGGUCA